AUUCUAAAACAACAACAACAACUACAACAACAACCGUAUCCUUUUCAUACUUGUUUACUAACUUUUGAAGUUGUUUUGAGACAAAAAAGAUUUGGGAUUUUCGAAUCGAUACGAGGCCGUUUUUAGAUGGGCGCUUUAGCGACCGUCUAAUGUGCUUGAUGUAAAAUUCAGGUCGAUACGGCCUGGGUAUGAUUAGCCCAAUUCCCGCUUACACUACGCGCGAAGAAAGAGUUGUAUAAUUUAUGCAAGAGGUUUGAGUUCUCCAAUUAUGUUUAUUAACAAAUGGAAACAUUAUAUUAAUAUCGUGUUAAAUGCAAUAGUUUCGAAUGGUGUUUUAUAGAAAAGAAUAAAGAAAAACAAUGAUCGUAUUGCACGUGUCGCGGAGGAGAUUGUUUAUGAAUGAUUAAAAUAGUCCACUUUCUACUGCGUCUGCGUGACGUAGUAUUUUCGCUCAUCUCAUUCACAAAUCUGAGGCUGGCGAUAAACAAAGGGGAGUCCGGAUUACCAACAUAAAAUUUGAAGAAACACUCACCUUAACACCAUCCGGCUCAUACAUAACAUCAUAUAAUAUUUAACUCUAACAUCUGAGCACAACCAACAUUCCAAGAUGGCAACACCCGACAUGGACGUCAUCAAAGAGGUGCCAGGCUAUCGCAUUAUACUGAAGGCCGUUCUAAAGUCUCAGAUUCAGCAACUGAUUGAACAACUUGCAAGUGCCACCAACGAGGAGUCGAUCAUCCUUACAGCCAGUGUGGCUGAUGGAACCCUGAGUCAUCUCGGCUCAGACUCUGCCAAAGGCUUCCUGGAAGAUCAUGAAGACGUCAAGUCCCAGUUCCUCGGCUACUGCUUAAAAAGCCACCACAAGAGGAAGCAAGAGCAAGAACAAAGGGAUAGGGAGGAGGAAAUGAGGAAGGCACAAGAGGCUGCAGCGGCUUCCUUAGCAUUGCAGCAACAGCAAGCUCAAUCCAUUCAGUCCAUGGGUAACAUGCCGGGCUCCAUGGGAUACAUGCCUCCGCGGGGACCAAUGCCUCGCUUCCAGGCCACAGCACGAUCACCGCGGCAACAGUUUCGGUCUCCAGGGGGAGGGUUGCGACAUCAGCCAUAUCCAGUGACCCGCCCCAUCCAAGCAGCAGCCUCUCCAGUCAGAUCUCCAAUGAAGUCACCCGCCAAGCUUGAUGGCCAAACGAUCAAGUUAGAGCCGGACGACGAAACCUCAAACCAAAGUGCAACUAGUCAGCCAUCUUCACCAUCAUCUCAUCAGAACAUGAAAUCUGAACCGGGAGCUGACGACGCAAACUCAGAAUCAUCCUCAUCACACAACGAGCAGAAUCAAGAAGGACUUUGCUUAGGAGCAGACUUGUCUAAUUCAGUGUCAGGUGAUAACAUUGAACAUGAUCCGGACGUCAGUGUUAAACUGGAAGCAAUAUCUGAUGCUGAAAUGGACUUAGAAAUCACUGGUGUAGAGCCUGGGAGACCUAUGCAACCCCAGGAUUGGGGCGCUAAUGCCAGUGGAAUGAACUUUGACCCAACUGGUGCUACUGGUUCCCAGGCAGACAUGACGGGGCAGCAGGGAUACAAAAGGCCUGUCUGCCAUCAUUGCCAGAAGACAUUCAACACGAAUUCUGAUCUGGAUUGCCAUAUUUUAAUACACACAGGGGAAAGGCCGUUCGAAUGCAGUGCUUGUCAAAAACAAUUUAAUUGGAAAGGUCACCUUCAUGUUCACAUGUUUUUGCACACGAGGGAAAAGCCAUUUGAAUGCAGUGUUUGUCAUAAAAGAUUUAAUCGGAAAAGUAUUCUUAAGGAUCACAUGUUGGUCCACACCGGGAAAAAGCCAUUCAAAUGCAGUGUCUGUCUUGAACGAUUUAAUCAGAAAAGUAUUCUUGUGCGUCACAUAUUGGUCCACACAGCGGAAAAGCCGUUUGAAUGCAGUAUUAAUUUUGUGAUAAACGAUUUAAUCGGAAAGGUCAUCUUAAGGAUCACAAGUUGGUUCGCACAGGGGAUAAGCCGUUUGAAUGCAGUGUUUGUCACAAACGAUUUAAUCUUAAAAGUCAUCUUAAGCGUCACACAGCGUCGGUCUACAAAGAAGGGCGUCGUUUGUCAAAGACAAUCAGCAAGGAAGAGUUUCUUUAAAGCUCAAUGUUUAGUCCACUUGAGUGCCUAUUGUUUGUGGAACACCUGUGGGGGACAGAUACAGAAUGUGACACAUGUAGUUAUUUUUAUGCCCCCCUUCGAAGAAGAGGGGGUAUAUUGCUUUGCUCAUGUCGGUCUGUCGGUCGGUCCGUCCACCAGGUGGUUUUCAGACGAUAACUCAAGAAAGCUUGGGCCUAGGAUCAUGAAACUUCAUAGGUACAUUGAUCAUGACUCGCAGAUGAAACUAUUGAUUUUGAGGUCACUAGGUCAAAGGUCAAGGUCACGGUGACCAGAAAUAGUAAAAUGGUUUUUGAAUGAUAACUCAAGAACGCAUACACCUAGGAUCAUGAAACUUCAUGGGUAGAUUGAUCAUGACUUGCAGAUGACCCCUAUUGAUUUUGAGGUCACUAGGUCAAAGGUCAAGGUCUAUGUGACCCGAAAUAAUAAAAUGGUUUUCGGAUGAUAACUCAAGAACGCAUACGCCUAGGAUCAUGAAACUUCAUAGAUAGAUUGAUCAUGACUCGCAGAUGACCCCUAUUGAUUUUUAGGUCACUAGGUCAAAGGUCAGGGUCACGGUGACCCGAAAUAGUAAAAUGGUUUUCGGAUGAUAACUCAAGAACGCAUACGCCUAGGAUCAUGAAACUUCAUAGGUAGAUUGAUCAUGACUUGCAGAUUACCCCUAUUGAUUUUGAGGUCACAAGGUCAAGGUCACGGUGACCCGAAAUAGUAAAAUGAUUUUCGGAUGAUAACUCAAGAACGCUUUUGCCUAGGAUCAUGACACUUCAUAGGUACAUUGAUCGUGACCCGCAGAUGACCCCUAUUGAUUUUCAGGUCACUAGGUCAAAGGUCAAGGUCACACGGACAAAAAUCGUAUUCACACAAUGGCUGCCACUACAACGGACAGCCCAUAUGGGGGGCAUGCAUGUUUUACAAACUGCCCUUGUAAUAUAUUUAAAUUUUACCAAAUGUAAGGCUAACUGCAUUUUUGUAAUGCAUACAACUACUACUACUACUACUGCUGCUGCUGCUGCUGCUGCUGCUGCUGCUACUGCAGCUGCUGCUGCUGCUGCUACUACUAGUACUACUACUACUUCUACUACUACUACUUCUACUACUACUACUACUACUACUACUAUUACUACUACUACUACUGCUACUACUACUACUACUACUACUACUACUACUACUACUACUACUACUACUACUACUACUACUACUACUACUACUACUACUACUACUACUACUACUACUACUACUACUACUAUACUACUACUACUACUACUACUACUACUACUACUACUACUACUCUACUACUGCUACUGCUACUACUACUACUAUUACUACUUCUACUGCUACUACUACUACUAUUACUUCUCCUGCUACUACUACUACUACUACUACUACUACUACUACUGCUACUACUACUACUACUACUACUACUACUUCUACUACUACUACUACUACUACACUACUACUACUACUACUACUACUACUACUACCACUACUACUACUACCACCACCACCACCUCCACCACCAACACCACCAACACCACCACCACCGUUCACAGUGACAAAAAACGUAUUCACACAAUGGCUGCUACUACAACUUAAAGCCCAUAUAGGGGGGCAUGCAUGUUUUAUUUCAAUUAAACUUUAUAUUGUUUUACCAAUAUUUUGGUAUAAGGCCACUGGAAAACUUUGCGAAUUCGAAGUUUUGCAAACUUACGAACUUUUUUCCUUUAACAUAGUCAUAUUGUAGAUAAGGCAUGCCAUAUAAUGCUUCUUUAUGAUCAUUUAUUGAUUGUUUUUAUAUAAUAAUUCCAUUUCUUUAAUUUAACAAUAUAUGUUUAAAAUAGCCUUUCCUAUUGGAUUUUUCAUUUCCAUUGGGAUUUUUUUUAAACUUUUAUUGUUUCCUCGCGUAUUCAUUAAUUGAAAACGUCAUGAAAAAAUGUGUCUUAUGUCAUUUAGGGACAAGGUAGCUUCAAUUAAGCUUGCUCUUUUGCAAGGUAUAUUUUCAAACACGCUUAAUCGCAUUCAAAUCGCGUACAUUGUACAUCAUUUGAUAAAAAAUAGUGUUUCUGGAAGUUACAUAAAUACAAAACAGUAAAAUAAGACAAACCUGUUGGAUUUUUUCACAAAUGAUUUUUUUUUCUAUCAAAGUAAAUUGGAAGAAAAAUCAGUAUACAUACUUUUGCAAUGCUUUAAAUUUAUAACUAAGCAUAAAUACAUGUACAUGUAUAUAAAAUAUAUACAAAAAUGGUAUAAGUAGAAGUAUGCUUUUCUCAUUAUGAAAGUGGAAAAUCCCAUGGGAAUACCAACUUUGAAAACAAAUUUCAAGUAAAAAACCCUCAUUUUUAAGCACACAUAAUCAACCAUUUGAAAAAAAAGAGUUUUAUAACAUACUUUAUCCCAAAGAGGCCAAUCUGAAAGAAAAAGGGAACUUAAGUUUGCAAAUUUUCUCUUUUUUUUUUAAAGUUGUAAGGGUGGCCGUUGUAUGUUGGUGUAUGACUAAAAUUGUGUUGUUUUUCUAGAUUUUUUGUUCAUUUAAAAUGUUUAAUUUUGUUAUGUUCGACUUAGAAAAACUUAGAAAUAGAAAAUAAUCUUUAAGAAGUCGUCAAAUUAUACUUUAUGUAUGACCUGUUGUAUAUCUUAUAAUCAAACACAAAGUUUGAUUUGAAAAAGUUGUUUUGAUGUUUUUUGUUGUCAUUGUUUAUUUUGUGUGUGCAAAAGUUACAUAUAAACAUGCCAUCAAACUAAAUUACGGUUUAAAUGAAUGUUCUCUUGAUAUUUUUUUUUUGUCGGAUAUUAUCAAACGUCAAACGUUUGUUGUAAAAGUGACCAAUAAAAAUGCUGUCAAACUAAAUGAUUGACAACAAUUCAAUGUCUAAUACUUUUGUGCAUAUAUCAUCCAAAGUCAUAUACACAAUAUUAAGAUGAAAUGAUCCACGUCAUGCGCAAAUGUGUUUUAUGUUAUAUAUGGCCGGCAAUGCUCCAUCUUAGCUAGCAUAUUCGUAUGUUUUUUUUCCAAACAUGAUUAAAAGCAUCAAAAUUGCGUAGAUUGUUCUUAAUUUAAAAAUAAUGUAGUGUAUUUGGAAAUUUUAUAUAUUCAUUUCUUAAAAUAAGCAAAACAUCUCAUGGGAUUUUUUUUCUAUAAAUAAAUUGAACGAAAAUCUGCACAAAUACUGUUACAGUUAAUAAAGUCGAUAACUAAAUAAACAAAAUAUCCAAUUGGAUUUGUUUCUUCAUGCAGAAAACGAGAAAACAUGGGGGAAAAAUCCCAUGGAACAACAAACAAUCUAAUGGGAAAAUGCAAAAAAUCAAUGGGAAGACCUACUAAACUUUACAAAUGAAUUUGAUAGUGAAAAAACAACAACUUAUUUUUAAGCUUAAAUUAUCGAUGAUUAAUAAAAGACUCUUACAGCAUACUUUAUCUCAAAGAGGCAAAUCGUAAAGGAAAAGGGUAUUUAAGUUUGCAAAAUUUCAGUUUCGCAAAGUUUGUAGGUUGGCAUUUCAUUGCCAAAUCGGUUUUGUUUUUUAGAAGUUUUUUUUACUUCAGUUUAAAUGUUUUAUAUGUUAUGUUUGACUUAGAAGACUUAAAAAAAAAUGUUCUUUUAGAAGUCGUCAAAUGAAACCUUAUUAUGAUCUGUUCUUUAUGAUAUUAUCAAACAAAAAGUUUGGUUUGAAUAAGUUAUUUUGAUGUGUUUUGUGUGGUCAAUAUUAUGUUUUUGUUGUUGUUGUAAAAGUGACCUUUUAAAUGCCAUCAAACCAAGUGUUGGGUGUUAAUGAUUUUUUUUAUUGGAUGAUAUCAAACAGAAUGUUUGUCUUACAAAGUGACCUAUAAAAACUCCAGCAAAGAAAAUUAUGGGUUUUUAAAAAAUUCUAUUGAUUUUUUUCCUGUUAUAUUAUAUCUAUAUUUCAAUCAAACACAAUUUUUGGUGUAAGAAAUAUAUCCUUAAUACUUGAAAUAUGAUUUGUUCCAGAUGACCUAUACAAAUUGUGCUUAAAAUCGGAGAAAUAUUGUGAUUUUGUGUAUGAUGAUGUAAUCAUUAUGCGAUUUAUUACAUUUAUUUUAAAUUAACACUUUUCUUUUCUAAGUUUGGCUUGGUUCUUGUGUGUAUAAAAUUAUUAAGAUUUGUAAUUGACGUAUAAUCCAUCUAUUGUCUUGCACUAUGUUCCCUGUUACUUUUUACACUGAAAGCACAAGAAUAGUGAGAUUAAAAAUUAAUGCAUUUUUGUGCAGCUCUCAUUUAUUAAAUAUAGCAACAGUGGAAUUCUAGUUACUAUCAGGGGAGUAAUUUUGUUAAUAUUCACUGGCCUUUUAAUAAAGUCAAGUAACCAAUUACUGAUAGUUAAAAUUAUUUAAGGGAAAAGGUGUUUCCACCAACAUCCAUUUUAAAACUGCAGUUUUCAGUACAUUUAAAUAUUACAAUUCUUUCAUAUAUAAUUUUUUAGCUCACCUGAGCUCAUGGUGAGCUUUUGUGAUCGCCUUUUGUCCGUCGUACGUUGUUCGUCGUGCGACGUGAACAUUUGCUUUGUGAACACUCCAGAGGCCACAUUUAUUUCCGAUCUUCAUGAAACUUGGUUAGAAUAUUUGUCCCAUUGAUACCUCGACUGAGCUCGAAACUGGGUCAUGCUGGGUCAAAAACUAGGUCACUAGGUAAAAAAAAGAAAACCUUGUGAACAUUGUAGAAGUCACAUUUGAUGCCCAAUCUUCAUGUAACUUUGUCAAAAUGUUUGUCUAAAUGAUAUGUUGGUUGAGUUCAAAAAUGGUUCAGGUCCCUUGAAAAACAUUGCCGCCAGGGGACGGGGCAGUAUUCCUUAUAUAGCUAUGGCUAGAGUGAACACUCUAGAAGUCACAAUUUUUGUCCAAUCAUCAUGAAACUUGGUCAAACCAUUUGUUUCAUUGAUAUCUCGGACAAGUUCGAAAAUGGUCCAGAUCGGUUAAAAAACAUGGCCGCCAUGGGGCGCGGCAGUUUUCUCUAUAUGUAUAUAGUGAAAACAUGUGAACACUCUAGAAGUCACAUUUUUGGUCCAAGCUGCAUGAAAUUUGGUCAGAACAUGUCAUUGUGUUUUUUGGAUAUGACGGUUGAGUUCGAAAAUGGUCCAGAUCGGUGGACAAACAUGGCCGCCAGGGGGUGGGGCAGUUUUCUCUAUAUGUAUAUAGUAAAAACAUGUAAACAGUCUAGUUGUGAUAAGCCAUAAUUUUAAAGAAAGAUAACCUGUACAUACUUUCUUAUAGUUAACUAAUUGUUAACUCCCUUGUAUAAACCUGGGACUUCUUUCAUAAAAUGUGGUGUACAUAAAGACAGUAGUUUGCAUGCAAUUUAAUAAACCUAUGUCAUAAAAUAACUGCUCAUGUACUAAUGCACUGUAGAGCUUUAUCUUUGAGCUUUACUGAUAAGCCAAGUUAACCUACUGGUGUAUUUAGCAGACUACUGUGCUAUGAAACUGUUUCCAUGGCAACCUUGUUAUUUGGCAUUUUCUUAAUUAGAAAGACUCUUUUGAUUGAAAUAACUUUUAUAAAUUCUUCUUAUUUUUACAUUUGAGUCACUGGAGUUUUCCACUCUCUAUAAAUUGUGUUCUUUAGAUUAAGUUAGACUUAUUUUAUAAACUAAUUUUUUGAAGCAACUUCUAGACUAACAGUAACUAAUAUGUAUAUCAGUUUUUUCGACAGAUUGUGAACUUCUGUUUACAUUAAUUAAGGUAUUUGCUGUAUUUGUUCAUUUUUAACGAUGCAUAGAUUCUUUAGACUAAAGUUAGUUAUUUUCAUUAAAGAUGCUUUGGUUUUCACUUAUAAAUUAAUUCUUUGAGUGUAUUCAGGCGUAUCUGACUGGACGCCUUUAGUUAAUUGAAUUACAACAAGUAAGCGUGUUAGAAAUAAGCGUUCUUUAAUUAGACUCGAUAAAUAUUUCCGUAUUACAUAAGUGCUCACAAAGUUACAUCACUCGUAACCGUCCCGUGACCGGUUCAUUUGCGUAAGCGAACGAGACCGCACUACCACAGAUGUUUAUAGUAAACAUUGUGAAUACUUUUAGUCACAUUUUUAGUUCAAUCUGAAUGUCACUUGCUGAUCUUCACACAUGGGGACAAGCUUUAUGAGCAUAAUAUUUUUGCUCAUGGUAAACUUUUAUGAUCACAUUUUGUCAAUUGUCUGUAUUCCGUUGUGCGUCAUGAAUAUUUGCCUUGUUAACACUGUAGAGGCCACAUUUAUUGUUGGAUCUUCAUGAAACUUUGUCAGAAGAUUUGUCCCAAUAAUAUCUUGGACUAGUUCAAAAAUGGUU